CGAAGACAUUUGACAAUUGGCAACGCUGCUCCACGCCUUCAAUCUUAUCCAUCUCCUAAAUUUUUUUAUAAUCCAGUGCUCUCAUCUCCACCGUACUUAUCGUAGUGCACAACGCAUUUACCGUUGCACACUCUUUCCGAAAAUACCCUUACGUUGAUAAAAACCAGUGAAACGAACAUUCCACACUAUAAAAAACCACACCGCAUAGCAGCUGAUUCCACCUAAAUAUCUACAUAUCCAUUUUCUUUUCUUAAUCCAAAAAUUUACAAAUCCUUAAUCUUUCUCUUCUUCCUAAAAACAGCUUUGAGCUUUCUCUCAGAUAACCACAUUUUACCUAACAAUGGCUACAAUCAUCUCCUGCUCCGCUCUUUCCUCGAUCCGAGCAUCUUCCGAAUCGGAUCCAGCCCGUAAGAAACCUGUUUCGUCGGUUUCAUGGUGGGCUCCUCUUUUUGGCAUGUCAUCGGAACCUGAUUACGUCAACAAAACCGUGAAUCUGGAAUCAGAUCUGGAUAAAGCUGAAAAGAGGUCUCUGCGAUGUUGUCUCACGGAGGAGAAGGCUAAGCAGCUGCGGAGGAAAACCGCCGAAGCUUCUACAUUCCACGACGUUAUGUACCAUUCUGCGAUCGCGUCGCGACUCGCGUCUGACGUUCGGGUCAAGAAGUAACUGGAUCGGGUCACGGAUCCAGAAAUAAUCAAUAAUUCGUCGAACUUAAAAUGUCUCUCUUUUAUGGGAUGAAGAAUAACUUUUUGUUUACGAUGAUACUCAAGAACCGCUUUAUUGUGCGGCGUCGUUUUCUGUUUGUACGGUCUGGAUCGUGUAUGAUGUUGCUUUAUUGUGAACCGUUGGAUCAUUAGUUAGUUUAGCUUUUUAUUUGUUGUCAGUUGUUAAUGCUUUUUUUUUUUUUCCUCAGUUGUUAAUGCUAACUGUUGGAUCGGUAGAUAUGUUCAACACGUAUAAAGAUUAAAAUGUUAGUAUACAAAUAUAAUUACGAUUGCAAUCUCAAAUAUAUG